UACAGCAUGGGAUAAGAAUUUAUUAACUCAUUGUUUUCGUUAUUUUGAAUAUUUAUACUAUAAUGCAAUAUACAAUAACCGUUCGUUAAUACUUUAAAACAUUUGUCCUUGAUUAGUAUUUUUUUUCUACUCCUUAACAAAGUUAUUUCGAAUCUACAAUUGCGAAACGUGCAUUUAAAGAAAACCAGUUUUGUAAGGUUGGAAAACAGGAAAUAUAAACUCACUUUAAACCUCGUGUUUUCUUAUUUUCAUCCUUUGUUUAUCAUUCAGGUCUUUAAUUAUCAUUUUAUUGUCACUCGUGUUAUGAUUUACGUAAGUUCUGUUAUCGAAAUCUCUAUCAAAACAUAACUCAAAGAACAGGAGAUGAUAAAGAAGAUUUCUGUGAUAAAUUGAUAAUCCUAACAUCAUGAUCAAUGAGAAUUCUAACAAGACAAGUAAGACUUUAGAAAAAAAUAAAAAGCCAUCGUUAUUUACACGAUUGCUGAGAAGAAAUAAAAGUAAGAUAGAAAAUUAUUCAAAUGCAAAUUUAGAAUUAGAAAUUCAGAAAAUUUUACUUCAUUAUUCACCUAAAAAGGAGUCUUCCAAUAGAGAAUUCACUCAACAUUAUUCUACUCACCCCAAUCAGAAUUUAAAUGAAAACUUGUAUAAGUAUUUAUCUAAACAUAAACAACAUAUGAGCAGUGGAGAUUUGAGCAAAAGUAACUGGUAUUCUACAGUAGUUGCUGCAAGUAGAUCACUGAAUAGUGGAUUAAACAAAGAAAUAAGUGUAGAAUUAGCAAAUAAAAUAAAAGAUGAUAUCAAAUAUUUUAGUUCAGAGAAUAAUUCGGUCCCGUCAAAUAUAUCCAGAUUAUCCCAGAAUGAAGACGAUAAUUUUUGCCGCAUGUGUUUGAGCAUUUUGCCAUUAGAAGAGAUGUAUCGAUUGUCCAAUUGCGAAUGUAAAUUUUGUAUAAUGUGUAUGCAACAGUACCUGACAAUAAACAUUCUAGAAGGCAAUAUUAAAUUUUCUUGUCCCGAUCCAUUUUGUAAUAAUACUGGAAGUAUUAAUGACCAAGAGAUUGAAAAAUUAAUUGGAAGUGAAAUCUUUCAAAAGUACAAACAGUUUAAAUUGAAUGCAGGUAAAGUAUAAAUAUAAGUAUAGCAU